GGAGAAGCUGCGCAACAUUCCCCCGGAUUACAUGCGAGAGGAGCUGCUGGUGCACGAGGUCAUCUCCCUGACGGUGACAGAGUCCGUGAUUGAGCGGGAGAGGGUGGUCCAGGAGAAAAAGUGGCUAGAGUCUCGGGGCGAAUUCCAGCUCAAACGUUCACGACGUCUGCACGGAGCACACGCCAUCUUUGAAGAGCGGCAAAGGUCAGGGAGUCUUGGGGGCUACCCACUGCGGACCAGUUCCAGCAUGCUCAGUCUACCGGGGCUCCGGCGCUCUAAAGAGGAUCACUGGAAGCAGAAGAGCGAGCCGUAUGGCAGCCUCCGGGGAAUCAGUGGUACCGUGUCUCCCUCACACUCUGUGAGUAACCUGACUGUCAUCCCCUCGGCGUUCUCUUCUUCCCCACCAAAGGUCUCCCAAAAUCCCACCCCAAGCCCCCAGGUUGUUUCAGAAGGGCUGCGGCCUUCCCUUCCCUCGCCUAUGGCUAACAAUGCGCCGCUGGUCGGCUCUCUGCCAGCCGAUGGGGUGCAGAAUACCACCAAGAAGUCCAAGGAGGAGCGCAAGAAGGAAAAGGAGAGGGAGAAGCAGAGAGAGAAGGAGGAGAAGGAGCGGGAGAAGAUGGAGAAGGAGCGAGAGAAAAAGCUAGCCAAGGAGAGAGCCAAAGAGGAGGCCAAAGAGAAGAAGAAGCAGCAGGAGCGACGACCUUCAGCUAAGAAGAAAGACAAAGAGAAGGACAAGGAGAAAGAAAAAAUGGAGAAUGGAGCCUCGUCCUCCUCGGCACCCAGCUCCAGCGCUUUACCUACAGGAGCGAUUAGCAAAGAAGACCCUGAGAAGGGCGUUCGUGACACUUCUACCGGGGUACACCCCUCUGCACCUGAGAAGGCAGAACGAGCACAGGCUGCUUCAAGCACCGUGAAGGAAGCCUACCUUUGAUCUGGAUAAGCGGGGAAGAGAGUGAGACGGGGUGGGCAGUGAGUGGUGCUGGUUCGUAAUGACCCACUGCAUGGCUGGAGGGCGAUAUAGCCUUGGACGUCUUAUCCUUCCCCUCCCGGCUGCACAGCAAAGGAAAUGUGGGGAUGGAACAGACGUAUUCCACCUCUUUGGGUUCACAUCUCCACAUGGCUACUUGGCUGUGGAGAGCCUGGUGUUAUAGGAAGAUGUAGGGGGAAGGACUUGUGUCGGGUGUAAGUCUCCCAGACAGCUGCUACGGGAAUUGCAGCCUUCCCGCAAAUAACUUUUUGGAAUUAGGCUUACAGCUCCCUCAGAACACAAAACACCAAGAUCCAGGGGUAUCCCCUUUGAACAACAGAGAGCACAAGCUUCCCGAGCAGAUCUCCAUUUUGGAUACGAUUUUUAUCCUCCUCUUAUUUUGUGCCGUAGAAAAUCUGAAGUUUGUUGCCUGUUGUCUCCCACUCCACGAGGGAUUUCGCUGCUUCCUACAAACACCCCCCCAUCACUACUGACCUUAAAACCUUAAAUUUCAAUCAGAAUCUCCUUCCAGCCGGCGUAAGCCGCGUCAACCUGGGGAGCUCCAGUUUUUGCACAACCGUUUACGAGUGUGAGCCCUGGAAUCGGAGACUCCGGAGGAUCUCUUAAUUGGAUUCUUAAACAUCUCAACAGGUGUGAUUCCUUCAGGGAACUAAACGACUCCAAGAAGCGAUUCCCAAUGUUCUUCAGACCUACCGUAGGGAGUCUAAUCAGACUCUCAUCAUUCCCAAUAGUUUUGUGUGAUGCCGGGAGCAAUUCCUUGUGCACCUUAUCUGGGCUUUUUCCGUGCUGAAAGUUGCCACUGCAUCGAGUGACAUGGGGAAGCAAUCCCUACUUGAUUUUGAGCUCGCACUGUCACCCCGAGUUCAUUCACAAUGCUGCGUCUAAUCCCAGGAACCUCGAUUUGCCAAGGAAUUGUGUGACAUUCCAAACCGGUUGCUUGCCCAAUUCCAGAUGUCGUCAUCGUCUUCUUCCUCCUUAUUAUCCUUGGAACCUAUUGAAUCAGCUUUCUCACCCAGAUGGGGAUGUGUGGACCUGCUCUGUCACAAAACCUGCUGAACUAGGAGGUCCGGAACGUGGCCACUCUGCCCACUUCCUUUGGAUGCCCUUGGUCUUCCCCACCCCAGCAUUCUCACUCUCUCCCCGAUGACGGCUCUCCUUCUGCCAUGUGACCAGGACAGACUAGAGACAUGCGUUCCAAUAUCGGACAAAUGGGCGGCAGCCACAGCACAUUUUUGACUUGUGAGAAAAUUUUCCAAAAACUUUUGGGGGACAAAUAAAAAUAAUGUGAACUACUGGUGUGAACUAAGCACGAAAACCACAAAAACUGGAUCAGAGAUGUAAAAACGCUGGGACUGAACUGGAUUUGGACUGACGCACCCGGAGAGCAGUGCUUUCUUGAGCUCAGAAGGGGUUGGGGUGGGCGUGAGACCGACCACUCUGGGGUGGGGGCGGGGGUUGGGGGUUGAGGGUACUGGCUGGCUUAAAUUGAACUGGGGGGGUAUGAGAGAGUGCCGCUGAAUUUGGGGAGGUGGUGGCCCCGCUGAAACUGGAUUUGCCAAUCUUAACCGCACCCCGCCUCCAAAAUCCGAUAGGGUAUUUUAAUGACAAGGCACCUCAUGCCCCCUUAACCUCAAGGGUCCCAAAUUCCAGGCACCCAAAACAGGGUCUUCCAGUUUUUGCUGAAAACCCAGAAUUCUGGGGGUUUGAUUGGGGGGGUGGAUGUGGGGGGAGUUGUUCAGUAUUUAAAAAGCAGAACUGCGAGAUUUGUUUGUUUUAUUGUUUAAAAGUUAAUUUAAUAUUUUUUGGGGGGGGGGGCGUUCCACCCUUUCAAUCAGUCAUGCCACCGUUUGGCAUAUUGGAAAAUUCGAACUCUGCUCGAAAAUGGGAAGAACUUUCAAGGGGGGUAACCCCCCCCGUCCCGUUAAGAGCGACACCAGUUUGUGUUUACAGAGUUACACACUUUAAAGUGGCGUCUUUUGGAAACUUUUUUUUUUUUUUUUUUACUUGCACUCCUAAGCGAUGGGUUCUCGCAAAGUUUUAACAGUUACCAGCGGACCCUAACUGGUUUUGGGGGGAUUGUAUAGGAGGGGUGCGUGAAUUCCAUCACAUCCCCGACCUCGUGCAGGGCCAAAUAUCGAGAGAGAGUCGGCCUUGCAAAGUGGUGUGGAAUAAAGAAGAGCUGCACGCCCCCUAGUGGCAGCCUGUGAGAAGCUCGUGCCCACCGUGCAUGCUUUCUGUUCUCUGGACAGGACUUGUGCCCCUGGGGUUCAAUGCCAAAAACAUUUCUCAGGUAUCCUAUCCUCCCUUUUAAACAUAUCUCCUUGACGAAUGCAAAUAAAAAAAAAAAAACUCAAAAGGUAAAGUUUCCACCCCACCUAACCAUAGGAACCCGAGGACUGUGGAUGCUGCGUCAUUUAUCCUGUUUGGUGCACCCCCUGCAGGCAGGAGACAGUAGGGUAUCAUUUUGGGGGUUUUUUUUUUUUUGGUUUUUAUUUUAUUUUUCUUACAAGGUGGGGCUCUUGCAAGGGACUGCACCCUCUGUCCAAAUGUAUAAAGUGUGUAAUUAAUAUUAACUAAAAGUGCACUGCGUUUAUGGAGGAAGGAGGGGCUGCUACAUAUGCAAAAUAGAUCAUGAAUAUUAACUAGCCCUCUAGUUUCGUGAGAGGGGGGUGGUGCUUCAUGGGUAUAUGCAAACUUGAUCGUUCUAAACAGAGCACUCCUGUGGGGGUACAUGUCAGAGAAUGCAGAGGCGCCCCCCCCACCAUUCUAAUUGAUAACUGCACAGUUUACACAGAACGACUCGCCCACCCACACACCCACCCUCCCUAAGGUGUGGGCGUGGGCUCAGAACAAGGAGGGGCUUUUACUUACUUAAUUAUGUGUGUGUUGAAAUGAUGGAUCAGUGUGAUCGCCAAAAAUAAAAGAAGAGGUGUGUUAGAGCGCCACCAUCUGUUAAUAAUAUGUCAUGACAACAAAAAAACUAAUAUAUACAUGUUAUAUAUAAAUAUAUAUAAAUAUGAAGCCUUCUGUAUAUUACUAUUAAUAAUGUCCGCCUUUUUUUUUUUUUCUUCUUAACACCCGCAAACCCUUCCAGUUAGCAUUGCAAGGGGUAAAUUUAGGGGAACCCCUGCAAAGAGACCCCCUUCAGUUUACAAAAAUGCAUUCCAUGUGUUGAAGCAAAGAGACUUUGGUUUUGUUGUUUUAUUAAUAAUUAUGACCAGAAGAAAUAUAUUAACAGUGUUGAUUCUUA